AUGGCUAGAAUAUGUCCACAGUGUCGACGUAGUCUUAGAGGACAAUUUACAUUUCGAGGAUUAUUAUGGGGAAUACUUUGCUUUCCAUGUGGACUCUUCUGUUGCAUCAGAAGACGGCGAAUGCAUUGUUUUAAUUGUGAAAACGAGGUUGUUGUUUCUACUGGCUCAUUUCCUGUACUUGCUCAUCGUUAUAAAGAUUAUAGAUCUUCUUUAUGGCAAUUUCCAUCCUCUACAACAUCCAAUACCACUAUAACUGGCAAUAGUCAAUCUGAACAAAGGCCCCUGCUUCAACGUCAAUAA